CCUUCUCUUUCAAUUGCCCCAGAAAGUAAUUGCUUCUCUUUCUGCAUUGAGCUCUUGGGGAUAUCCAUUUGCAUCAUAAGAGAUAGGGCUCCAUCUUCUAUACGUUUGUCUUUCUUUUUUUUUUUUCCUUCGGAGUUCUAAUGGGCAAUCGGCAAAUGACAAUCUAGCGAUGGAUUUCUCAAAAUUUUAACAUAAAAAAAUGCUUUCUUUAAGGGAUUUUUGGAGAAGGCAUCGUAGGAAGGUUUUUGUUACCGUGGGAGUUCUAGGGAGCGGAUAUGUUUUGUAUAAACUUUAUCAUGCUCAUAAGCAGAAGCUCUCUGAUUUGGAGAGAGAACUUGAAGGCGAGAGGGCAACUGAUGAACUCAUUAAGGCCCAACUGCAAGCCCAUUUUGAAAACAUUCAAAGAAUAGCUGAUUCGACAACGUUGCCUUAUUCAAUGAAUUAUUUGCAAAGUCGGAUCUCGGAGGAGUUGGACCUUUCACACUUGACUGCAAGGCUUUCGCAGGGGAAGGGUCAGCCCAACACCCUUACCUCUUUGGAGAAACUCCAGCUAUGGGAGAGACUCAAAAUUUUAAGUUUCACAAGAAUGAUAUCGUCAUUGUGGGGGAUGACAAUGCUUAGCUUAUAUAUAAGAGUACAGGUCAACAUUUUAGGCAGACAUCUAUACAUUGAUACAGCCCGGGAAGGUUCUCAUCUACUGGAACAAGCAGAUCCGUUUGACAGGCAUAGUCACCAAGAGUUUUUAGCAACUGCUGAUUACCUUUCCAGUUAUGGCAUGAUCACAUUGAUCUCAGACAUGCAGACGGCUGCAGCUGAAGUUCUCAACGGAAAACAGCUGAGGGAUCUAUUCAAUACCAACCUACUUCAUGAAACCAUUGUGCUUAUACUGGAUAUUUUCAUGAGUCUGGGGGGUCCUAAUCACUGGGUGACAUACUUGAUGCCGGAAAAUGCUAUAGCAUACAAAUAUCAAAUGGCAACAUCGUCCAGUACACUCCUUCCUGAUGUUACCAAGCUUGAUCAACUCAUGGUGGAGACACGCAGUGUCCUUUUGUGUGAUGAUUUCAGAAAUGUUGUUACUAUAUCAUUGAGAACAGUGGUGGAUGCGUUGAUGGAUGACAUUGGGUUACAAUCAGGAGGCAAUCCUUCAAUAGGAAUUCCCCUGGCCAAGCUAUUGCCAAGAGUGGCGCAGAUGGGUCCUUUACUGCUCGAGGAACCUGGCAGUAACAGGUUUAUCCAGAUCAUCCGAAGGUUGCCAGAAGUUGAACUCUUCUAUACUCUUCUUUAUGCAAAUAUGCCACCCUCAGAGACGACCCAAGAAGCCGAUAGCAGUUUCAAUUCAACAUCACCUUUUUCAGGGCAAUGAGCCCAAACAGGUGUGGGAUUUCAAGGUUCCUACAAUCUGGAAAGAAAAUAAAUAGAAAGAUGACUCUUACUUUGUGCAAAUUGUAGCUUCCUUAGGUUUUGUUGAUCAAUCAGGCUGUUAAAUGCAUGUUCCUUAAUUUAAAACACA